AUGGCUCCUCUACAAGUUGGCGACAAGCUCCCCGAGGGCGUCAAGUUCGAAUGGGCACCCAUCACCGACAGCGACCCUACCGUCUGCGGUCGUCCCCAAGAAUACGAUGCCAGCAAGGAAUGGGCGGACAAGAAGGUCGUUCUCUUCUCCGUUCCCGGCGCCUUCACCCCAGGCUGCCAAGCAUACCAUCUCCCUCCGUACAUUGCAAAGGCCAAGGAGUUCAAGGAGAAGGGCGUUGACAUCAUUGCUACCAUUGCAAGCAACGACAGCUGGGUCAUGAACGCCUGGGGCAAGGUCAAUGGCGUCAAGAACGACGAUGUCCUUUUCCUUAGCGAUACCAAGACCUUUUUCUCCAAGGAGUACGGUUGGCCUGCGGGUAUGGGCGACCGCAACGGUCGCUGGGCUAUGGUCUUCGAUCACGGCAAGGUCAUCUACGCCGAGAACGAGAAGAGCCCCGGCGAGGUUUCGGUUUCUGGUGCCGAUGCCGUUCUGGCCAAGUUGUAG